UAAUAUAUGAUACUUUUUGGUACCCUAGCAUUAACAAACCUUUUUCUUUUGUUUUUUUUCCUUUUUUUUUUCUUUUUUUCCUCUGAAAUCAGGAGCGCCCUGGUACUAAUUCACAGCUUAUGUAUUUAUUUAUUUUUUUAUUAUUAUUUUUUCUCUCAUGUGGGUGAAUGGGUUUGAAGGAAAGCGCCAUUUCUGCAUCAUAGUUGCAUGUAGAAAGAGUUUCAGUCUUUCAGGUUUGACGGAAAACUAAAGCUCUGAAGUGAAAUGCGAACAUUAUCAGCAUGCCGAGGAAGCGUAAAAAUUUAAAUAAGGAAGAAAUUUGUGAAGAUUUCUGCUUCUCUUGCAAAGAUGGAGGGUUGCUUGUGGUCUGCGACUCCCGGAAUUGUCUUAAAGCUUAUCAUCCUGCAUGUGUAGAAAGAGAUGAUUUGUUAAUUGAGACUGGAGAACACUGGAUUUGCAAUUGGCAUUCUUGCUUCUCUUGCCAAAAAAAAGCAAAGUUUCAAUGCUUUUGCUGCCCACAAGCUGUAUGCGGACGCUGUUUUGUUGAUGUUGAGUUUGCACAUGUAAGAGGGAAUAAAGGAUUUUGCAAAAACUGCUUAGCGCUUGCUUUACUUAUAGAUGAAGGCAAAGGUGUUGAUUCUGAUGGGGGCAAGGUUGAUUUCAACAACCGGGAUACAUAUGAGUUCUUUUUCAAGGAGUAUUUGGAAAGAAUCAAGGACAAAGAAGGCUUAACAUGGGAGCGUAUUCAUUGCUCUGCCAACUCCAUGAAGGAUAAGAAUUACAGGUGUGAGUUUGGUUCAAAUGAAAUUAGCAAAAUGGAAGAAUAUAUUUGCGAAUCUGAAGAAGAAAAUGAUCUCGACGAAUCUGAUUACGAUAAGUUGGAGGAACCUGAAGAAUAUAAGCCACAUGGGAAGAAAAACACAUCUAAGAAAAAGAUUGGUAUGAUGAAAGAAAAAGGGAAAAAAUCAAAGAGAACUAAGUUUAUUGGUUGGGGAUCACAACCUCUCAUUGAAUUCCUUGCUUCCAUUGGUCAAGGGACAUCAAAACAAUUAUCACAAUAUGAUGUUACUACCAUAGUUACAAACUACUGCAUUGAAAACAAGCUUUUUCAUUCAGAAAAGAAGAAGAAAAUAAUAUGUGAUGCAAGGCUACAAUGCCUUUUGGGAAGAAAAUCAUUGAAUAAAAAUAGUAUAUAUAAUCUUUUGACUGCCCAUUUUGCUGAAAAUUUUGAGCAAUCAGAGGAGGAUGACUUUGGCAGUAGUUCUGAACAUAAGGAUGGGGGUUUAUUGGGGGCCUGUAAAAGUCAGAGAAAGUUGAAAAAACGUAGAGAAGAUCAGAAGAUGAAAGAAACUGAAGAACUGUCAAAGAGCAGUUUUGCAUCUAUAAUUGCCGAGAACAUCCAGCUUGUCUAUUUGAAGAGGAGUUUAGUGGAGCAACUGCUGAAGGAACCAAAGACCUUUGUUACUAAAGUUGUGGGAAGUUUUGUGAGAGUCAAAUCUGAACCCAAUGACUACUUACAAAGCAAUUCUCACCAGCUUUUGCAAGUUAAAGGUGUGAAUAGAUUAAAAAAUAGUGAAAUGAAUGAAGAAAUUCUAUUGGAGCUUUCCAAUUCGCUGAAAAAUGUGCCCAUCUGCAAGCUAUCAGACGACAACUUUUGUGAGGAAGAAUGUAAAGAUUUGCAUCAAAGAAUGAAUGCUGGCCUACUUAAAAAGCCUACUGUGGUGGAGCUUGAAGAGAAGGCCAGAAGUCUACACGAGGAUAUAACAAAGCAUUGGAUUGCAAAAGAAAUUACACUUCUACAGAAACAAAUUGAACGAGCAAAUGAAAAAGGAUGGCGGAGAGAAAUCGCUGAAUAUAUUGGAAGAAAGCUACUUCUUCAGUCACCUUCAGAGCAAUCACGAUUAUUAGAGAAGCUUCCAGGAGUAAUUGCAGAUGUAGUGGAGAUCGAACCUGUUUUUGACAACUCAUUCACAAAAGUAAAACAAGGACCAAACAGCUUGCCUGAAUCACCUGUUGGACAGGCUUCUCAAACUCUCAGCACUAAUUUGGGCAGUGAAUCUAAUUCCUCUCCAAAUGGUAGAACAGAUGUGGCAGAAACAAAACAUCAAUGCAAUGUAGAGCUGCCUCAGGAAUCUCAUAUCAGUGUCGAGGUAGAUCUGCCUCAAGAAUCUCAUAUCAGUGAUUACGAAGUUCAGAGUGACCUUCGAAGGAAACGCCAUCACCCAGUUUCAGAAAUAAAGAAAAGUUGUUCAAAAUCACUGUUUAUGGAAGAAGUGCAGGAAAGACCUCUUUCUUUUGCUUCAGAAAGCCAGUCCAGUGUCAUCCCUGAAAAGCAACAUCAGGGUGACUCUGAUAUUGGAGAAUGGAAAAAUCAACCAACAGGUAUCCAAAAAGAACAGGUUGAAAACAAAAGCAGUAAAUCAGUUGAGUUGGAUGAGCUAAGUGACCACGACCUAGAUCAUGAGGAUGUGCAUGAAAAUCCAACUCGUGCUGUGUGGUACUCUUUGGGUCCUCAUGAUGAAGUAAUGGGCCCUUAUUCUAUGUCAAUGCUAAAACAGUGGUGUGACACCACUUCUUAUGAGAUGAAAUACAAAGUCUGGAAGGCAGGUCAGAGCCAAGAAGAAGCAAUCUUCCUAACUGAUGCUAUACACCGGUUUGGAUCUGAUAUUGGUGGAAAAGGGACAGAACAACCAAAUGAAAUCCAAAUGGAAGAUAUGGAAAACAAAAGCAGUAAAUCGGUUAAGUUAAUUGAGCUAAGUGACAGUGAUGAAGAUGGAGAUUGUGAGGUUGCACAUGAGAGCCCCACUUGUGCAGUGUGGCAUUAUUUGGGUCCUCAUGGUCAAAUAAUGGGUCCUUAUUCAAUGGAGAUGCUAAAACGGUGGCGUGAUUCUAGUUCUUAUGAGAUGAAAUACAAGGUUUGGAAGAAAGGUCAGAGCCAAAAAGAUGCAAUCUUUCUGAAUGAUGCCAUACGCUGGGCUUUCUGCAAUAGUUAGAUUAGAUAUGGAAGUCCUUUUUGUUUCCCAGCUGCUGAAACUGUAAAGGUACAUAGUUUGCUUUAGACUUGAAAGCUGAAAGCUAUGUAAUAUCCAACAACUUUUUGUUUAAAAAAAAAAAAAAAAAAAAAAAAAAAAAGGAGGUACCAUUUCCUUUUUCUUCUUGUAGUAUCUAGGAGUGAGUCUGUGUAUACAUGUUUUAUAAUUAGCCUGAUCAAAGGCCACAAGUUGUAGAAAGAAUCUUGCAAGGUACAGUAGUUAGAAAUGGGCAUAUACAGAUAGAAAAAUGCCUUUCUUUUCA